AUUACUAAUACGUUACCCAUGUUUAAACAUGAUGGUGUCGCAUGAAGUGGGUGUGAGGACUGAGCUCAUAUAUUCUGUGAAGGUAAGCAAACCCUGCAGACCAGCACUGCCUACAUUGAAACCGACAUGGCCUCUAACCUGCUAACUGUCUGCACAGGAUAAAUGUUUUUGGGUUUUGCUUGUGAACUCAACAGGCAUCCCUACCCUUCCAGUGGAUGGAUGGAAGGAUAGAGCUUCACCUUUAUAGGAAAACAAACUCAACAAGAUUAAUUAGGCUUUUGUGCUCAAAUUUUCAUCAACAGCUUAAUAUUUCUGGAUUAUUAAAUGCUUCUCUAAGAUGUCAGAUGCAAAUCAGUUUCAGCCUAACAUCACUGAUGGACUGCAGUAUCAUGGAUUACUGGGAUUAGUGUUGUUUUCCACUCUGACAACAAUGCCAUGCUGUGUGUUUCUCUUCAUUAAUGGGACCAUGCUAUUUACCUUAAGGAGUAAAACGGUGUUUUGUGAGACCUCUCGUUAUAUUCUUCUGUAUAACCUCCUUUUUGCUGACACUGUACUGCUGCUACAUAGUCAGUUAAUGUACCUACUAGCUGCUUGUAGAAUAACAUUGACGUAUCCUGUGUGUGGUGCUCUCACCAUGCUCGCUGAUCUCACAACUGUGAUCUCCCCUCUCACACUGGUGGUGAUGUGUCUUGAAAGAUAUACAGCUGUGUGCUACCCACUGAGGCACACUACUUUCAUCACCGUCAGAAACACAGGGGUGGCCAUCAUUGUGGUUUGGGCCUUCAGUUUACUAAAUGUCCUCAUUCAAGUUAUUUUGCUAUUAAAUUUUCCAUUUGAAGAAUUGCAGAGCCUGCAGAUGAAAGACUUUUGUGGCAAAGAAAGCAUAAUGCUUGAUCCAAUGUCUGAUCUUUAUGGAAAAGCCUACACUUAUUUUCUGUUUGUAUCAGCUGGCGUGGUAAUCGCUUCUUCCUAUAUUGGUGUGAUGAUAGCAGCCAGAUUGGCCUCCACAGACAAAGCUUCAGCCCGUAAGGCUCGUAACACACUGCUGCUGCAUCUGGUGCAGCUGGGCCUCAGUCUCUCCUCAACCAUUUACUACCCAUUGCUCAUAGCUAUCUCAGAGGUCCUGGACAGGAUAAUAUUUGUGCGCAUCCAAAUUGUCAUUUACGUGUGUAUUAUCAUCUGCCCAAGAUGUCUGAGUUCUCUCAUCUAUGGUCUCAGAGAUCAGACCAUCAGACCUGUCCUCGUGUACCAUCUCUGCUGUCAGAGGAGACGCUGACUUUUCCUCUCAAUCGUCCCAGCCAAGGCAAUAAUCAGCAUACUUAUCCAUUUAUAGAUAAAUAUCAUUUUUAACAAAAUGUCUUGAUUUGUUAAAAAUUUAAACAGAGAACGACACUUUUUAAAAGUAAAGUGAGAUACCCCCCCCCUCUCCAUUUCACUCUAUUGAAGACACAAGUAUCAAUUACUUUUGUUUCUUGGGUUUUUAUGUCUAUAGAUUAGAUUGAUUUUAUUGUCUACCUCAGUGGAAAUGUAUCUUUAGCUUCUCCAAAGUACAGCAAAGGCACAUACAAUGCACAUAACACAGCAGACCAUUAACUUUAUAUUUAAUAUUUGUUUGUAUUUCUCUGUUUUUUGUCUGCAAGUCCUGCUGUACCAUGGAACCUACAUCACACACAACAUUCAACCAGACACACACCUAUAUCAGCAUUAAUGCCCAGUUCCUUAUAAUAACCUUUUCAACAUGUCAUCAAAAUAAAUAAAAGUUUUGAAUCACUUGGCUAAACUGCAAGCAGAUACAUGCUUAUUACAAGAAACACACCUCAGAAUCAGACUAUAAUGAAUUAAAAUCAUCAAAAUUCAAUCACUUAUUGUUGGCUCACUGCAACAUGAAAUAAAGAGGUGUGUGCAUUUUAAGGCCAGCAAAAACAUUGUUUUAUCAUGCAUUGGUCAAUUUUGAUAUUUUGGGCUAUUUUACUUCCAUAACAUGCCUUCUUUCAGACUAGUGGAAAGAAAACGUCCAAAAUACACAUUUAGGUGUUUAUUUUACACUUUAUCUCUUUGCAUCUGUAGAUUUCUCCUAAAUUCACCAUAAGUGAAUGUGUGUCAAAGAGUGUGUGUGUGAUUGUGUUACUGUUCAGUUGAAGGCCAUACUAUGUUAUUCAGUUAUCAGUUUUGAUGUGUUUUAGAUGUUCUAUAUUGCUUUUGCUAAGGAUUUGAUUACAUAUUGUGUCUGUAAAAAGUGGUUUCCAAUAAAAAUGUAUGGAAGUUUACAAUACACAUCUUUAAACACCGA